UUAAACGAUUCCUUGAAUUAUACAGAAUGGAUUCGAUCCCGAUUCCCCGUUCAAGUGCAAAAUCGAUUGCGAGAGGCCGUUUGUAAGUGAAGGUCGAGAAUCGAUGCAAGUACACAACCCCGACAAAUCGAUUCCCGAAGCAGGUUCCGCAUCCCGUCGCAUAGCCCCGCCCGACCGGGGGACCUCGCCUAGAAGCCCAUGCAGGCUUCACGCGGCUGCCGCUUGUAGGCCGCGACGAAGCCGCCGUCUCGGGGUUGUGGAGUGGAGGGGGAAGAGAAGCGAUGGGGGAGGCGAGGAACGAGGAGGCGGAGAGUGCGAGCAGGCGGAGGAGGGGGAGCGGGGAGACGACGGUGCUGGCGGGGAGGUCUGACCCGUAUGGUGGGUUGACGAUCCUCAUCAGUUCCACAGACACCACCGAUGUGGAGACAUUCAGAAACCAACUGAAAGACUCGCUGUUCGUGUGGACCCUGGAGGGCGUGCGUGGCCUCUGGCUCUGCCUUCCCAUCGAGCGUGCAGACCUCGUCCCCGUCGCCGUCAAGUGUGGGUUCGUCUACCAUCACGCGCUGCCCUCCUACUGCAUGCUGACCGCAUGGCUGCCCCGAGACUCAACCAGCACCAUCCCCGCGUACGCCUCUCACUAUGUGGGAGUUGGAGGCCUCGUGGUGAGUGAAGAGGGCCUCGUUCUGCUCAUUCAGGAGAAGUUUGCCAAGGGCCACGGCUGCUGGAAGCUCCCGGGAGGUCACGUGGAACCCGGGGAGGACCUGGGCGAGGCGGUGUGCCGCGAGGUGCGGGAGGAGACGGGCGUGAGCGUGCGCUUCCGCUCGGUGCUCGCGCUCCGACACAUGCACCGCUACAGCUUCGGCUCGUCCGACCUCUACUUCGUGUGCCUGGCGCGGCCGCUCACGCGGCGGCUCCAGCCAUGCCCCACCGAGAUACACGCCUGCACAUGGGUCCCGGUGGGCGAGCUGCCUUCCUUCAUCUCCUCGUCGUCGUCGUCCGCAUUCCACUGCUGGCUCGUCCGCGUCUGUCUCGACGCCCUCUCCUCGGGUCUCGUCAUCCGCCCUCUCGACAGGGAGGCGAGCCCCACCUCGUCGUCCGCCCUCGUCUACACGGCGACGGGCGGAGACCCCCGCCGCACAGGGGUCCCCGCGGACCCCGCCGGAGAGAGACCCGACGACACCGAUGCGGCAGGGUCCCCGAGAAAUGCGAAUACCGGGUCCCUGGGAGACAACAAUAGAGGGAGCCCUAUAGACCCCCUGCAGGGAUCCCAAGAUACCCCAAUCGAGAGACCCCUAGAGACCCCAACACUGAGACCCCUAGAGACCCCAACACAGAGACCCCUAGAGACCCCAACACAGAGACCCCUAGAAAACCCCUAG